GGGAGCCGGGCCUGGCGGGCGGUUGCCAGGAGUAACGGGGCCGGUGGGCCCGGCCCGCCGGGCGCCUCCUGGUCGUCACCGGCUUCAGGCCUUGGCGAGAGCGGCGGGCCUCGGGGUCGCGGCCGGGACCCCGCUGACGCGUGCGGGAAUGGCGGGAGCAACGCAAGGGAGGCCGAAGCGCAACUCAGUGCCAUUAAGGGGAAAUUGCAAGAAUUAGGAGCUUACGUGGAUGAAGAACUUCCUGAUUACAUUAUGGUGAUGGUGGCCAACAAGAAAAGUCAGGACCAAAUGACAGAGGACCUGUCCCUGUUUCUGGGGAACAACACAGUUCGAUUCACUGUAUGGCUUCAUGGUGUAUUAGAUAAACUUCGUUCUGUUACAACCGAGCCUUCUAGUCUAAAGUCUCCAGAUACCAACAUCUUUGAUAGUAAUGUGCCUUCAAAUAAGAACAGUUUUGGCCGAGGAGAUGAGAGAAGGCAUGAAGCCGCAGUGCCUCCCCUGGCCAUUUCUAAUACUAGAUCUGAGAAAAGAGAUUCCAGAGGUUCUUCAAGUUCACAGGAACAGAAAACCACUAGUGUUAGACAGACUUAUGAUGAUGGUGCUGCAACCCGACUAAUGUCAACAGUGAAACCCCUGAGGGAGCCGGCCCUCUCUGAAGAUGUGAUUGAUAUUAAGCCAGAGCCAGAUGACCUCAUCGAUGAAGACCUUAAUUUUGUACAAGAGAAUCCAUUAUCUCAGAAGAAACCUACAGUGACACUCACAUAUGGUUCUUCUCGUCCUUCUAUUGAAAUUUAUCGACCACCUGCAAGUAGAAAUGCAGAUGGUGGUGGUCAUUUAAAUAGGUUGCAAUUUCAGCAGCAGCAAAACAGUAUUCAUGCUGCCAAGCAACUCGAAAUACAGAACAGCCAGGUGUAUGAAACAGGACGUUUGUGCGAACCAGAAUUGCUCAACAGUUUGGAAGAGACUUACAGUCCCUUCUUCAGAAACAACUUGGAAAAAACAAAUAUGGAGGAUGAAAACUUUCGGAAGAGAAAGUUGCCUAUGGUAAGUUCAGUGGUUAAAGUAAAAAAAUUCAGUCAUGAUGGAGAAGAGGAGGAAGAGGAUGAUGAUUUUGGCUCCCGAACAGGAAGUGUGUCCAGCAGUGUGUCAGUGCCAGCAAAGCCUGAAAGGAGACCUUCUCUUCCACCUUCUAAACAAGCAAAUAAGAAUCUAAUUUUGAAGGCUAUCUCUGAAGCUCAAGAAUCUGUAACAAGAACAACUAACUAUUCUGCAGUCCCACAGAAACAAACACUUCCAGUUGCUCCCAGAACUCGAACUUCUCAAGAAGAAUUGCUAGCAGAAGUAGUCCAAGGGCAAAGUAGGACACCUAGAAUAAGUACUUCCAUUAAAGAAGAGGAAACAAAAGGAGAUAAUAUAGAAAAAAGCCAAGGAGCUCAGCAGAGGCAGUUGUUAUCCCGACUGCACAUUGACCCGGUCAUGGCAGAAACGCUAGAAAUUAGUCAAGAUUACUAUGACAUGGAAUCCAUGGUCCAUGCAGACACAAGAUCAUUUAUUCUGAAGAAGCCAAAGCUGUCUGAGGAAAUAGUAGUGGCACCAAACCAAGAGUCGGGGAUGAAGACUGCAGAUACCCUUCGGGUACUUUCAGGACACCUUAUGCAGACACGAGAUCUUGUACAACCAGAUAAACCUGCAAGUCCCAAGUUUAUAGUGACGCUGGAUGGUGUCCCCAGCCCCCCAGGAUACAUGUCAGAUCAAGAGGAGGACAUGUGCUUUGAAGGAAUGAAACCCGUAAACCACCCUGCAGCCUCACACAAGGGACUCAGAGGGCUCCUCCACCCACAGCAAUUGCAGUUGAUGAGCAGGCAGCUUGAGGACCCAGAUGGUAGCUUUUCCAACGCUGAGAUGAGUGAACUGAGCGUGGCCCAGAAGCCAGAAAAGCUGUUGGAGCGCUGCAAGUACUGGCCCGCUUGUAAAAAUGGGGACGAGUGUGUGUACCAUCACCCGGUCGCGCCUUGCAAAGCCUUCCCCAAUUGUAAAUUUGCUGAAAAAUGUUUGUUUGUUCAUCCAAAUUGUAAAUAUGAUGCUAAGUGCACUAAGCCAGACUGCCCCUUCACUCACAUGAGCAGGAGGGUUCCAGUGCUGCCUCCAAAACCAGUUACAACACCAUCGCCAUCUUCUAGUGGUCAGCUCUGCCGUUACUUUCCAGCUUGUAAGAAAAUGGAGUGUCCUUUCUAUCAUCCAAAACACUGUAGAUUUAACACUCAGUGCACGAGACCAGACUGCACAUUUUAUCACCCCACCAUCGCGGUACCACCAAGACAUGCCUUGAAGUGGAUUCGACCACAAACUAGCGAAUGACACCCAGUCUUAGCUGGCAGAAGAUCGUGCAGUUUGAAAGCUUCCGUCUAUUGAUGAAAGACCAUAGAACUUGUCAAAUCUUUGAAGCUUGGAAUAUAUUGCUAUCCUAAUAUGAAGUUUAUUGCCUAUUUGAAGUGUCUAAUUUUUCAAGUUUGUAAGUUUAUUAAGUGGUUUUAACAUUGGGGUUUUUGUUGUUGCUGUUUGAUUUUUACUAUGAAGAGGCAGUUUGGGGACAGCUCCGGUGCUCUUAAGCAGCAUUUGCAGUGUCCUAUCUUUGACAGUACUGCAGUUGGGGCAGAACUGUCAUGAGGCCAGUGUCCUGAAAGUUGAAUUUCUGCUUCCCCAAAGAGGAUGUGUUUGUAAUGCACUAUGAACAUGAGGGGGCUGCAAGUACUGUGAGGCAGCACAUGGUAACACAGGCUGUGUGGGCACUACAUUGGUAGUGUGGCGCCCAGGUCCCUUGCCUUCUGUGAACGACGUGGCGUGUGGGGUGAAGACAAGUGCAAGAAUACAAACAACUCCUUAAAAUGACUUCAUUUACUGUUAACAUACUUUUAAAAUAAAUUUUUUGGGGAACUACAUUAUCACAAAAUUAUAGGAAAGUUUUUACAAGUAUAUACAUUAAAGUACCAGAAAACAGACUUUAAAUUCACAAGAUUAUAUACAUAUAUAUUCCCACAUUCUGAAAAAUAACAUUCUCAGAAAUGUCUACCGAAAAUAUACUUAGUUAUUACCGAAGAUAAUUUUUGAAAUGUAAAAAUUAGAUUUAAGUAGUAUAUUUUAAAUGACAGAACUAUAUAAUUACAGAGCGCUCAGAUGGGUAAAUACAGAAUUCAAUGAAACUUGGCUUACUGUAUUAAUUGUGGAGUUUUUGUGUGUUUGGUUUUUAUAAUUGUUAAGGCAAGAAGUGUUAUGUUUUAAAAUUAAAUAACAAAUGGAAAACUGA